CAACAGGUUGUCCAGAGCGGCACGGGGAACGGGUACGGUGGGAUAUGGAAAUCCAUCACCCAGGGUACAAACAAGAUCGUCCACGUGCCGGAUGUAGCACUGAGCAAACUCAUCGAGGCGGCCGAGAAGCCAAGAAGGCGGCCGAGAAAG